AUGGCCCCUGGCAAAGACCGUCUUUACAUCGCGCUGUACCACCACAAACGCGAAGGAGUGUACCAUUGGGCAUAUCUCGUAUCGCCCAAGUCUGCCCCUGACAGCCCUAACCAGACGGUCAAGUACCAUGUCACAAACGUCCUUCAGCCAGUGGAGGAGACCGUUAGAGAGGAGUGGCGAUACGAACGGCAGCUUCUGGCCGAAGUCAAGACUCCCAGGCUGCUGGCCAGGCUUCUCAUCGGCAAAGUAGAGAAGUCCAGACGGGAGUUUGAGCAGUGUCUUGGUAGAGUUCCUCUGGUCCAGGAUGAUCCUGACUGGAGAUGCCGGACAUGGACAAAACAGGCGAUGGCUGAGCUGCAGAGGGGCAAGGUUCUAAGCAGCUCGUCCAUCACCGACUGGGACAUCAUCGAGGCGGAAGGCCGAGCUUACGUUGAGAGGAAGAAGGGCGAAGGUCGCUACAGAGUCAUCAUGGACUCAAUUCCAACUUAUGAUCUACUUGAGCGGCGAGAAAUCAGUAAGUAG